AUGCAUAUAAAGAAGAAAACACGAAACAAAAUCAAUCUCGAGCUUAUUCAACGUUCUCCAGCCGUACCAUUAAUAACGGUCGAACGGAAAACAGGUCAAGUUAAGGUGCACGAGAAAAAUAUCGAUCAUGUCUUGAAAAGACCAGAAUUCAAAAAUACCCAUGUCGUGGUUAUUGGAAUACUUGGCCAACAUCGUGCUGGCAAAUCAUUCUUAAUGAAUGUAAUACGAUUAUAUCUAUUAGAAAAGGUAAAGAAAAUGCAAGAGCUCAGUACUAUUGGUAAAUUAUUACAAUUUCUCAGCUCUGAGCCUCGCUGGUUAACUGCCGCCAAUUUUCGCAAUAUACAGAGCCAAUUUGGCUGGUAUCAUUCUGACUUAAGUGACACCAAAGGUAUAUAUACUUUAAGAGAGCCCAUAUUGUGUCAAAAUGCGAAAGGUCAAAAGGUUGCUGUUGUCUUGUUAGAUACAGAUGGCUCCAUAGCUGGAGAAUUUAACUAUGACAAUAUCAUAUAUAUCCUAACAUCCAUUUUAUCGUCGAAGCAGAUUUUAAAUUUUCGCACGGAAUGUCAAGAUGAUGAAAUAAGAAUGCUGAAGGUGUUGGAAGAAUAUCUAAAUUAUGCAACGGAUAAAAGUCAUACCAAAUUAUUACAAGACGUUGCUGUAAUUAUUCGAGACGCAAAAGUGAAGAAAAAAGAAUUAGGCCAAGUAGAAAAUUAUCAAAUGCACCACUUUGAUCAAAAUUCUCAAGUUAUGAUGCCGGUUCUCAAUUCUCAUUACUGCAAAGUUCAGUCAUAUCUUUUCCCACAUCCUACGGCUGGUCGUCGGUUAACUCCAAUCAGUGCGGUGAAAGUCUUAGACGAAAAUCACCCGUUCGCCAUAUCUAUAGACGAGUUUUGCUCUACUUUUCUUGCCCCUGAAAAUUUUAUUCAAAAAUCGUUUUUCCGAAUAAAAAUAAAUUGUUAUCAGUUGGCUGAUAUUAUCAAGGUUAUGGCUAAUUUAUUUCAAAGUGGGAAACUGCCAACGCCAGAGUUACUAUAUGAGGGAAUUGUCAAAACAUUAUGUGAAUAUGGAUUAGAUUCGGUUGUUAUGGACUAUGAAAAACACGCAAAAUAUAUGGAGGAUCAUUUUGGUACUAACAAUAUACCGGCUGAGCAACUAAAAAAACUAAAAGCUGCAUUAACGAAGGUGGCGAGUCAUUACUUUAAAACACUACGAUCGUCAAAAUGUAAUGGGAUAAUCGAACGAUCCCGCGAGCGGACGGAGAAAAAAUUAGAAGCACUACAUUCAAGUUGGCAACUGAAAUCAGAUGCUAACUGUAAGAAAAAAACGGCAAAUCAUCAAGCUAAGGAGCGUACAGAAGUUAAUCAAUUAUAUAUGGAAAAUGUAAAGUUAAAGAAGUCUUUGAGUCUGGAAAAGGCUAAUUCACUAAAAUUGCAAUUAGAAUUGGAUGAAGUUAGGUCCAAACUAUCUGAGGCUGAUCGAGAUACACUCAAUCAACGAAGAAAAUCUUGGGCAACAAUUUCGCAUACCGCUGAGUCAUCCUCGAAUGAGGAUAUUAAUCCUGUCCAAGAGCAAGAUUGUGGUUAA